AUGCUGCAACGGUGCUUGUGGGUGUUGGUGCCCUUAACUUUUGCCAUUUGCGUAGAGGCAAUUUAUGAAGAUGCAAGAUGUAAAUGUGUUUGCGUUGAUCAUUCCGUUCCAAAAAUCUCGAAUGAGUCCUCAGCAGAACCGAAACGAUCAGUCUACGUCAAAUCAAUUUCGUCUGAUAAAUGUACCUGUCCCAUAAUGUUGGAAAAUAAGUCUGAUCUGUGUCCCUAUUGUGAUUGUAAGUAUCAAGUUCGGAACACUACAACCAUCAAGGUUGUUGUAAUAAUGAUUGUUGUCAUGCUAUCGACCCUCUCAAUUUACCUUGUGUUUAUGCUCAUUUUGGAACCUUUUCUCGCAUCACGUGGUCGCAAAAACUUACUGGAUUCUGCUCAAUCAAAUUUAUUUGUACCACCCAAAACCAUACGCACAUUUCGCAGCUACGUGAUACCGUCUCAAAGAAAUAACGACUAUGAUGACCUUACCGCGACAGAAGCCAGUGGCGAGGAGGCUUCCGGAUCCAGAAGUACAGUGGGACGGAGAGGAGUCAGCACAGUGGUUGGCCGGGCCCGCGAGCAUCAGUCACGUUGGAAGGGCCGUAUUGAGGCCCAGCGCGACCGCGUCUUUAAUGAACGCACCAUCCUUAACUGA